CAUCAUCCRCGAGGAGACCAACCCACUGAGGUCCAUCGCUGUCACCAAGAGGACCAACAAAGUGAGGUCCAUCACAAUGAAAACUACUACAAUCAAGACCAGGAACAUCGCCAUGAAGAUUACAACAACACAAGCCAUUGCCAAGGCUGGCACCUUGAAUCCCAMUCUCAUUCGAAGCCCUGCAAACCCACCAAUCAUGACAAUAACAGGCUUGGUAAUGAUCCUCUUCAUUCUGCCGACAACCCAGCUUCACAGAGAAAACCUGAAUCUCUUGUCAGCAAGAACUCAAGCAGCAACACCAACAGCUUCUCUCGUCAAGCUGAGGAACAGACCYGUUUCACCGGCCCAUCAACACAUGAAGAUUCWGCAGGACCAAAAUGAAGGUCUGCACCAGAGUUUGUUGAAGACGGCGGUGCAGGUGGAGUGUUUGGGAGAAGAAUUUAUUAGCAGUCAAAAGCUUUUAGAGGCUGACCUCCAGAGGACACGUAUGGAGCUCAGCAGCCUAAUGGAGAAGUUUCAAAGACUCCAAGAUGACUGCUCCUCCACACAACAGACCAAUAAUCUUCUAGAGAAAAAGCUUCACUCAAUGCUUCAGAAAAUGGAGGGGGAGCGUGAGAGGUUGAAUCAGCGUAUUUCAGAACUGACUGAGCAGCUCACAGAUGCAACGAURGCCACCACAAUGGAAGCAAUAAAUACCACUUCAAUGCUCCACAAAAGCAGUCUUCAUUCUCCUGACGAUGCCCUCCUUCKGAUGGUUCCUCCCAUCACUCCUCCUCCAGCUCAGUUCAUGGACAGCCACAACUAUGGACAGGACAAAAGCUCUGGGCAGGAGCAGCCCUUGGGCUCUGUUCCAGAAGAGGAGGAAUCYGACUGGUCUGAGGUGGGAGAGGAGACUCCGCGACUCCUGCUGACUGGAUCAAGCAGAGGUCCAACAUGGAGACGCCACGAAGCAGACGUGGACAAAGACUGCGAGUCGGGAAGUGAAGAACUUAUCYGGAGACACUUCCCACGUCCGCUGCAGAUCCCUCAUCUCCAGUUCACCAUUCACAAUGAGUUCCUGCCUCCGGCUCAAACCACCUCCUGUCCGUCUGGCUUCAWUAAUCGGUCUGACAGCAACACAGGUGGCAUAGAGGAGAUUUAUAUGACCACCACGAGUCCAAGCGUCAAGUCUGCCAUCUUGAUACGGUCUGCAAGCCUGGAGGAAAUCUCCCUAACCCGCCACCUCAUGCAAAAAGAGCUGCGAGGCACUGAGGCCAUGAUGAACCUUCAUCACUCCGCAGACGAAGUGAUGGAAGACUUGGACGAUGAGAUCAUCCACCACUGGAACAGCGACAGGGACACAGUUAUCAGGAGGCUGAAAAYAAGCACGGGGGCUGAGGCGGAGGGCAGCAUGGCCGACCUGCGGUCAGCCGAGCAGAUGCUCAACCACUUCAUACACGAUUCACCUGCCUGUGAUGGGGCAGAUCUGGGCCGAGCCGAGGCGCGUGGCUGGGCAGGAGGGAUGCCAGGCAAGGUGCUGAAUGUGGAGCGCACGCAGCUGUGAAGAACUGAAACUGAAAGGUUUUAUUGUAUUCCACAGRUGAAAAUCCUCUCAUUUGUCCAUCCCUUAAAAUAGAUUAACAGUUAAAGUGAAAGCUUGGAACUUUGGAAGUGAGUUUCUGUAAAAACAUUAUGGAAAAAUAAAUUCUUACUCAAUAUAGACAUCUCUAUACAACUUCAGUUUGGAAAAAUGCUGUUUUUAUGUGUGUAUAAUGCAAAAAAACAAAAACAAAAGUCAUCCAUAAAUUUGGGGGUAUUAUUCAGGGCAGUAAAUUUUGACCGAUUUUGUGCUAAUGUACUACCACAAUAAAUURCAAUAUUUUCUUGUUUAUAGCUAAACUAUUAUGCCGUAGAGGGAUAAAUCAUCAUAAAUUGUUUGUUUCCCUGAAAUAAUCGGUUCCCCCACCAGAGGGUACACUGCAAAAACUGGAAAUUAUGGAUAGAACUGUACACAAGGAUUCAAUUUUUCUAUGCUUUUCAACUCAAAUCAUUUGGAGAUGGCAUCAUACUCGAAUCGCAUUAUGCAUACAUACAGUAGUUGUAAAAAUUGGAUGCAAACCACCAGGCCAUGUGAAACUGAAGCCAAUCUAAAUGUUUGUAGUGUUUGUGUAAACUGUUAGCAGGURAGCCUGGUCAGAGUUCAACUCUCUUUCAGCAAACAGACUCCAUCRUAAGAGCCAUCAUCAACAUGUAAGAUACUUAUUGUUCAUAACAUUUCCAUAUAUCCUUGCUUCCAAACAUCUGAACUAUCACUUUAAUGAAAACAGUUGACACACAAAAGUAGAAAUUUGAAAUGUUAUUGUCUGUUUCUUCUUCUUCUUCUUCUUCUUCUUCUUCUUCUUCUUCUUUACAAACUCUCACUGUCGCUGUUUCUGAAUUGUUGGCAGUUCUUGUUUUCACAAAGAAUAAUACAACUCUAUGACAUUUUUCUCUUGAAGUUUAGAGAUUAAAACAGAGGUUUCCUGCUGGUCAAAAAAGGAUUUUAUUUACRACCACAGAGAAGACUCUGUCACACUUUGACAUUUUGGAAACUUUUGCCGACUUAUGGAAGUUUUGUUCAGCAAUAAGGUGUCUACGAUGAAGAUGGAGUAAACUACUGGAAGUCUCUUUUGGACGUACUGUAAUAGUUAGAUUGAAUAUACAACAUUUAUGAAUAAUUUAUUCAUAACAAAAUUUUCACAAGUGGGAAAAAGUUGUCUAAAAAGUUAUAGUGUGAAAGGGCCUUUAGCUACGUCAGUGCAUUAAUCUGACUAAUAGUAUGGACCCACACUUUUUAGUGGAGGUGUUUGAAUGGCUCUUUGGUUUUUAUGUGAUCACAUCAAAAACUGAACUUAUUUUUUUGACUUUUUAAAAUAUGCAUUAAAUAUACAUAUGUAUGUAUUAUGUAACUAUGUGAAAAGAUUUUCUGAGCAUUCAUAAAUGAAGUGUAUAUUAUAUAGUUUAGAUAUAGAGCAUAACCUAAACUGCUAUAAACAGAAAUAUUCAUUGUUUUUCUACACUGUAACAUCAAAGCUUUGCUCAGAACAUCUGAAAUCCCAAUUUAUGUGAUUUAUUGUGURCACAACAAUUUUACUAGAUUCAUUUUGAUAAUUGCUUUAUUUCAAACAGUAAGAAAUUUUUAAUAAGAGAUUUACUGAGACGAACCAGAUGCUGACAGAUACUGUAUGUAUACUUAAACAUCCCCAGUUAAGAUUCAGUUGAAUAUUUAUUGUACAGAUAAAUGUGUAAAUAGAUACAGUUAAAAUCCCAAUAUUCUCUCUUUACACAAAAAUUCUCCUAAAUAUAUUUUGUGUGAAAAAUAAUAUGUAUACUUAAAGAAUUUGUCCAUAGAAAGUCACAAUAUAUUCUGCUGAAUGAGUUUACGCUGCAGGUUUAUGUUAAAAAAGGUCAACUUUCCUUUUGUAAAAGUAUUUUCAGUCUGUGUGUUCAACURAUGACCAUUUAUUAUCAUCAUUAGCUCUUAGGUUGUGCUUUUUUCCACUUAUUGUAAUGACUGACCUGCCAAAACAAAUACUUCUGUACAGUUUGUUUCUGCUGCAUUUAAUAAAACAAAUGAAA